AUGCAGACUGUUUCUACAAAUAUUUGUGAAAGACUGUGCAAUAAGUCUAUCCAUGAAAUUUCCUUGCUACUAAAUAUUCCACGGUCAACUGUUAGUGGUAAUAUAACAAAAUGGAAGCAACUGGGAACAACAGCAACUCAGCCACCAAGUGGUAGGCCACGUAAAAAAUGACAGAGUGGGGUCAUCGAAUGCUGAAGCGCACAUUGCACAGAAGUCAUUAACUGUCUGCAGAGUCAAUAACUAAAGACCUUCAAACUUCAUGUGGUCUUCAGAUUAGCACAACAACAGUGUGUAGAGAGCUUCAUGGAAUGAAUUUCCAUGGCUGAGCAGCUGCAUCCAAGCCUUACAUCACAAAGUGCAAUGUGUCGGAUGCAGUGGUUUGAACCAUGCCGCCACUGGACUCUAG